CUGUGGGUCAAUUCAAGUUUCUGCGGGAGUGAAAAGCGCCUAAAUACAAAACAGAGAAGCGGAAGGCUAGAUCUUUGCCGGGUACCACUCCAAGACUACACCCCGGAGACUACGCCCACCGAAACUCCACUGGGGGAAUUGUUUUUGAGGCGGCUACAGCCGGCCCCAGCAAGUCCCGGCGUACAACCCGGAGACUCCAUUGCCUUCAUAGCCAGCAGCAGCGCGGCCCCGCCCAGCCCGGACCAGGGGGCGUGGCCAUCAGUGAAGGGGCGUGCCCAGCCUUGGGCGCGGGGCGGGUCGAGCGCGGAGGCGGAAGUUCCCCACCGGCUUGAGAGGGACGGCGCAGGCACCGCGAGCCACUUGUCAGCGCUGGUCUGAGGCGGAGGGUGCGCCGCGCGGGUCCGGAGAACUGCACAUCGAAUCCUUCGAACCAUGAGCAACUACAAUGUGUCAUUGGUUGGCCCAGCUCCUUGGGGUUUCCGGCUCCAAGGUGGCAAGGAUUUCAACAUGCCUCUGACAAUCUCUAGUCUGAAAGAUGGUGGCAAGGCAUCACAGGCACACGUCAGAAUAGGCGAUGUGGUUCUCAGCAUUGAUGGAAUCAGUGCCCAGGGAAUGACUCAUCUCGAAGCACAGAACAAGAUUAAGGCUUGUACAGGCUCCUUGAAUAUGACUCUGCAAAGAGCGUCUGCUGCUGCCAAGUCUGAGCCGGUUGCUGUCCAGAAGGGGGAACCUAAGGAAGUAGUUAAGCCUGUGCCCAUUACAUCUCCUGCUGUAUCCAAAGUCACUUCCACAACCAACAUGGCUUACAAUAAAGUGCCACGGCCCUUUGGCUCUGUGUCUUCACCAAAAGUCACAUCCAUCCCAUCACCAUCGUCCGCCUUCACCCCAGCCCAUGCCGCCACGUCAUCACACGCUUCCCCUCCACCUGUGGCUGCUGUCACUCCCCCUCCACUCUCUGCAUCCGGACUGCAUGCUAGCGCCAAUCCUAGUGCUGCCCAGUGUUCGUCUCCACCAGACACUGGUAAACCUGCAGUUCAUGUCCCACGGCAGCCCACAGUCACCAGCGUGUGUUCCGAGUCUGCUCAGGAGCUAGCAGAGGGACAGAGAAGAGGAUCCCAGGGUGACAUUAAACAGCAAAAUGGCCCACCCAGAAAACACAUCGUGGAGCGCAACACGGAGUUUUAUCACAUACCCACUCACAGUGAUGCCAGCAAGAAAAGGCUGAUUGAGGACACUGAGGACUGGCGCCCACGGACUGGAACGACGCAGUCUCGUUCCUUCCGGAUCCUUGCCCAGAUCACUGGGACUGAGCAUUUGAAAGAAUCUGAGAAUGACAAUGCGAAGAAGGCAAAUAGCACUCCGGAGCCUUCUCAGCAAUCAGCUUCACCUCUGAGCGCGGCUGAGAGCCAGGAGAGCCCAGGGUCAAACAGGCCGGUGGUGGCUGGCCUCAGGUCCGCUGCUGCUUUCAAGCCUGUAGGAUCCACCAGCGUCAAGUCACCAAGCUGGCAGCGUCCAAACCAAGCAGCACCUUCUACUGGGAGAAUUUCAAACAGUGCAAGCUCUUCAGGUACAGGGGCACCCGUGAACCCAGCUGUGGGGCCACCCCAGCCAAGUGACCAAGACACUCUUGUGCAGAGAGCUGAGCACAUUCCAGCAGGCAAGCGGACUCCCAUGUGUGCCCACUGCAACCAGGUCAUCAGGGGACCUUUUCUCGUGGCUCUGGGGAAGUCCUGGCAUCCAGAAGAAUUCAACUGUGCUCACUGCAAAAACACGAUGGCCUAUAUAGGCUUUGUGGAGGAGAAGGGAGCACUGUAUUGUGAGCUAUGUUAUGAGAAGUUCUUUGCUCCUGAAUGUGGCCGGUGCCAGAGGAAGAUCCUUGGGGAAGUCAUCAAUGCUUUGAAGCAGACCUGGCACGUGUCCUGUUUUGUGUGCGUGGCCUGUGGAAAGCCCAUCCGUAAUAAUGUUUUCCACUUGGAAGAUGGCGAGCCCUACUGUGAGACAGACUAUUAUGCACUUUUUGGAACAAUAUGUCGCGGGUGUGAAUUCCCCAUAGAGGCUGGUGACAUGUUCCUGGAAGCCCUGGGCUCCACCUGGCAUGAUACUUGCUUUGUGUGCUCCGUGUGUUGUGAAAGUUUGGAAGGGCAGACAUUUUUCUCCAAGAAGGACAAGCCACUUUGCAAAAAACAUGCUCAUUCUGUGAAUUUCUGAAAAUCAACAGUUCCAGGAAAGAGAAGAAAUUUGAAGAAAAAGGAGGAGAAUUAAAAUUACCAUUUAAUUUUUAGUUUUAAUAUUUAUAUGGAGUUCUAAAAUAAUAAUAGCCCUGAAGGGAUAAACUCAAACAUUAAAAAUCAAAUCUGAGAAAACGUUUGCCUUCAGAAAGUCACAGAGUUUGGCAUUUGUCAUCCCUUGCCAGUAUUUUCUGCCCAUGAAAUAGCCUUUAUAAAAAUCAAUUUCCUGGCUAUUAAGUUCAUCUUAGAAUAAAUCAGCAAAGGAUUACAUUUUUAGAAUUAAAAUCUCUAGCCUCUAUGCUGAAAUGAUACUUUUGGGGUGGUAGCUAUGAGAAUCCACAGAAGGCAAUAAAAGUGCCUUAAACCUUAUUAAUAAGAAUAAUAGUUUAAUAAACCCAUUUUACCUUUGAAGUAGUAAGUAGAAGUUUAAAUAAAUUUCAAGAGUAGGCAGUCUCUUUUUCUGUUCAGUGUGUGUGCUUUGGUCUUAUCAUUGGUCUUACCUUUAGCAAGAUGUAUCAUGGAAAUUCUUGAUCAUACCAGUAAGAGAUUCUGUGAUCUCUCCUGUUCUCCCAGAGGCUGCCAUGUUGCUUAAGGUCACAGACGCUGACCCCUCUUCAGAUGGAGCAGUUCGUUUGCAUUGUGCAUGGCUGCCUGGUCUAGACGGCCUUGCUUGCCGUCUCUUAGGCUGAGAUGAAGAUAUUUCAGUAUCCUUAGACUCUGAUAGUCCUGUCUCCUUUUUAGAAAGGAGUGGGUAGAAGAUAAGGAAUUAGGGAAACGAACCAAUUGUAAGUGGAAAGUUAAAAGAACUGCUUCCCACCUUCAGAUAAUGGCUGACUGACUUGUACAGCUAUGGCUCUCACUGAAGAUUCGAAAAUGCCUUGCCCAGUAAUUUUUUUUUUUUUUUGGAUUGAGGAUUAUGAUUGAUAAAAUCCAAGUAAAUAUUGUUACUGUGUUUUUUUGCUUAUUUAGAAUUGUUCUGGGAUUUUGUUUCUUGUUUUUCUUUUGGGAUUCUUUUCUAUCAGUAAGUAAAUCCCCUCCAGCUGUGGGAUCGCUGAGUUAGACAACUUUGGUUCUCUGGUGUUCGGUGGUAAGGAGGAAUCAUGAUGCAGUUCUCACAUCCUCCUGUCAUCCGUUCCUCACGAGUGGGUAGAGCAUCCUGCAGGGCACUACUUAUAGUCAGGACAGGGACUGGAAGACAGCCGUGCAGCGUGGUUCACUCCCCAGGGAAAAAACAAAUGACAGCAUUUUGUAUUUUUCUCAUUGUUUCUACAAUGAAUAAAAGCCUAAGAUCCUGCUGAGUUAUAGCUUAAAUCUGUGGGGACAAGGUGCUUUUAGAAUCCAGAUAGAGUUCCCAGGGUCCUGCUGCCCCAUCACUCAAGUGCACUUGUGCAUCCCGUGUGUGUGUGUGUGUGUGUGUGUGUGUGUGUGUGUGUCUUAGACUACAGUAUUUGUUUAACCUCACUAAGAACUUUCAAGGCAUCUGUCCUGAAAGCUGCUAGUCUGUGAUCUAGUAAAUGUGUAUUACAUGCAGAUAGUGAUGGACUGGGACAUAAGUGAACAGCAAGGGUGACACCACAUUGCAAACCGAAAGCUUCUCCUGUAGCAGCCCAGGUUACCUCCUCACCUAUGCUUGUGGGAAGGUAGGAAGUAUCUUUGAAAGUCAGUGCUGGAACUUGAUACAUUAGGUCUCUUUGCUGCUGCAGCGAUCAGUACCAGACUUGAUGGCUCAUGUGUGUUAGUUCAGAUCUGAAUGUCAGGCUUUGGCUUUAUACGACAAAAUGAGUGUGUGAUUUUGUUUUGAUGUGGUGGUUUUGUUUUGUCUCUUAGAUGCUGUGCAAAGAUAAUAUUCAAAAACUCAUUGGCAUUUGUAUAUUCAAAGACUUGUCUUCGACUUAGAUUUCUUAUAGAAGUAUCGUUCUCUAAGAUAUCAUUUUAAUUAAGCCUUUACUUCUGUGAGUUACUUGUAGAGCAUAAUGCUGCCUUUUAUAAUGCUGUAUUUCUCUAAAUUUAAUCUGUAAAAGGCUAGCGCGUCCUAGUAAUUUGGCAUUGUGUCUUUAUUCUUUGCUGCCUGGUUUAUGGCAAAUUUUAUAUCCAUUCCUAAAAAGUGACCUCUGGGAAAAUGAGUUCUCACCAUAACCAGAAGAUCUGUCUGAGGUGGGGAUUGGCUUGUCCUGUUCACCAGCAUGGGUCUUUAGCUACCUGGCACAGUACUUUACCCUCUGACAAGCUCCCUGGGUAUUUAUGUCUUGUGCGUCAGUAGCAUUUUUUUUUUUUUCCACUACUUUCACCUACAAACGCUGAGCUUUCCUCAUGCUGGAUGUAUGUUUCGAAGACUGUACUCGAUAAACUCCAGAUGGGAUCCAUGGUGCAAGACUUUACGUCCCUCAUUCGAUUCCUCUUUGUCCAGAUUUUUACGGGCCCAGAUUGAUUGUUUCUCUGAUUGUCCUGUCUGACUGUUGCCAGUCAAGGUAGUAACCUGCUUGUGUUCCUGUGUCUCCGUGCUUCCCCUUGGUAAGGUUACCUUCCCCAUGUAAAAACUGAAGCCUAAUUAUUUGGCCAUGGUAUUAAAACAAAAGUAACCAUUUGUUCACAAAGAGUUUGUAAACAAAAUCCUUUGAAUAUUGAUAUAAAACUAUGUUUAAAAUGAUCUAUGACAAAAUGUACUCUUUCCAAGGAGCUUCCAUAGAAAAGUCAUUACUGCAGUGUGAAUUCAGUGCAGCAUUAGUGUUCUUUGGCAUUUGCAGUUCAGUCAUCUCCACGAUGCAGAGGAAACCAUGAGACAGUCUUACACAAAUGUGUUCUGCCCCUCACCUCCAAAUGCCUAAGGUAUUGGACUCGGAUACUUACAUGUGAUGUGCCGAACCUGUCCAUGCUGUCUUUUCUUUCUUUGCCUUUUAAAGUUUGUGUACAACUGCUCUUUUGCUUUUGGAUAUAUUUUUAAUUAAAAAAAAUCACAUGAGAAGUGUAAUCUGUGUAGUGAUACUGUAAUGAGCAUAUACUCAAUAAACAACUGCCAUGAUGUCGACAGCA